AUAAUUGUCUGUAUAUCCGAGAAUUAAUACACAUAUCUCCGUGUUUUGUGUCGUUGACUGAUGAGCGAGGUUCGCUCUGACUAAUCCGCGCACCCAUUCCGAAUCCACCCGGCUAAGGACCCCGGUGACCUGGCACAGGCUUAGCUUUCGCUUCUCCAGCGCGGCGAGGGAAAAAAAAAUCACAGCUACCGGUGCUUUAAGACAAUAUUUGAGGUGCAGUCACUCACUCCCUUCCACGCCUCAGCCCUUCGCCCUUUUGCCGUUUCUCGUCCAUCCACCACCAACAUUGUACCAAUCACCCCCCAAGGUCAGCGCGUUUGUUUGACGGCUUCACUGUCGUCAAAUGAACCUGCAAUUGCGCAUAACCCCUUCACUCCUUAGCUUUAUCCGGCAAGGAUUUACCAAGUCCAUCACCCAAGGUUACGCCCAGUCGGUCGUUGCUGCCACCCACCCUCAUGUUCUAAACUCACAAAACCGCCCGUCCUUUGGGCGCCGCAACCAUGCCCGUAUCGGUCGCCGUCUUUCGACUCUUGGGCUCCAGUCUGCUUUCCACACCAGCAGCUCGACCGUCGCCGCUGGGCCUGUUGAGCCGCAACGUUUGGGCAAGGCUGUUAGCACCAAUGGCGGCCUAGAUGCUUACUUUGAGCAAUUGCAAAAGACCCAGCAAGUUGCCGAGGAAGGGGCCGUGGAAGAGGUGGAAUCCGACAAGGAGUGGACUCAGUUCCAGUUUCAGCAGCGCAUCGAGUGGAAGCCGACACCGGCUUCCAUCCUUCUCGGUUCCGAUGCCAGCAAAACCCUCGCCCUCGAUGUCGACCCCACCCAAGUCACCAAGCGCGAUGCCUCCCCAGCCAUCACCCCCGAGGCCGAGGCCGCCCUUGCCCACAUCGAUGCGCGUCUCGCCGAGGAGAUUGAGGUUCGCAAGCAGCUGGAUGCGUUGGAAGAGGAGGUGGAAUCCCUCCGCGCCACGUCUCCAGCUCUGGCCGAAAAGCUCGAGGAAGAGAUUAGGUCGCGAACCAUCACUCCUGUUUCCCAUAUCCGAACUCCCGCCAGCCUCGUCCGCACGCCUCCCGUCGAUCCCCAGUCCCAGUCCUACGCCGACCACCUCGUGAAACUCGCCGACAGCGGACGAUAUGUCGAGAUUCCGGCAGUCUUCGAGGCCAUGCUUGUCGCCGGCAUCAAGCCCAUUGCUGCCGCCUACAAUGUCUUGCUUACUGCCGCUUUCCAGCUGGCACCAGACAAGUCCGAGGUGGUGAACAAGGCUCUGGAUAUCUACACGGAUAUGCUUAGACGCAAGGUUGCCCUGGACAGCGAGACGUACAACAUUCUUGUCAGCUUGCUGGCUUCUCGUUCGCUGGAAGUGUCUGCGCUGCAAGAGGCUCUCGAGGUGAAGCGUGUGCGGUUUGGUGGCAUGGAUGAGCCCGGCAAGUUCAUGUUUGCCUCUCAUGACCUUGAGCUUGCCAUCUUGAGGGAGGAGGAGCGUCUUGACCUUGCCAUCAAGUUGUUCGAGAGCUCUGUCUCAUCCAGCAAGGCCGGUUACACCUCGGAGACCUACCACCAGAUGAUCUCAGCGUGUGCCAAGGCUGGUCGUGUGUCCAAUAUGCUCGAGAUGUUUGAGCACAUGGAGUGCAACCAAGCUGUCCCUUUUGCUGCCACUUUCCCUGCCAUGAUCACAGCUUUCGCCAAGUCCGGUGAUUUGAUCAGCGCCGUGGAAUGCUACAACGAGUACCGCAACCUUGCCAUCGCCAACGACAAUGGCGAGCCGACGUUGCUGAAGCGCGCCGAUGCUCAGGUGUACGCCUCUGUCAUCAAUGCCUACGUCAUCUCCGACAAGCUUCCUGGUGCCGUGAAGUUCUACAAGAAGAUCCUACAGGAGUAUGGUGUAACUGCUGCAGAGAUCAAAGACGCUCUGCUUGCUGGUGGCUUUGUCAAGGGCUUCAUCAAGCGUGGCGUCUACUCGGAAGCUCUUCAGUGGGCUCAAAGCAUCGAGAGCGAGAUUAGAGGUCGGGCCAUGAACGAAAUUGCCACGGUUGCUGCCGAUAAUGGCGACAAGCUGACUGCGGUUGCCGCCUUUGCCAAUGCCUCUCCUUCCACCGAGAUGGUUUCUUCCGCCAUGGCCUUGCUUGCGAUGAGCAUCCGCGCCGGUGAUCUCGGUGCGGCAGCUCGGUAUUGGGAUAUCCUCUGUGGUUCUGGCUUCAAGUUCACCGUGUCCUUUGUUGAACCGGCAGCCAUGUAUGCCGUGGCCAUGAUUGGUUCCGGGCAGGUGAUGGAGGGUUUGACUCAGUCUGAGUGGAUGUUCCAGCGCAUCCGCGAGACCGUUCCCGCUGCUCAGCUCGAAGGUGAGAUUGAGGAAGCCACCGAGUUCAUCUCUAGGUUCAUGGCCGUUCGCGGCAUUGUGGAUCCUCGUGAAGCUUCUCCCGUCUCUUAUGCCCCCUCCCAGUCUUUCGCCCCUUCGCCAUUCCCAUCGACUCCAGCUGUUGCCCACCAUGACGAAUCCUUCGACCCCUAUGCCCAGAACACCGACUUCAAGGGAUCUUCAUUGAUUUCGGAUGAGUUGGAGGGCGCCCACGGUCGCAAGGGUCCCAAGCUGAGUGAUGCACUCAACCGUUUCCGCAACAUCCGUCGUGCUGGUCGCCAUCCUCGGUACAUCACUUACGCCAAGCUUAUCUCCGCCGCCUCCAGGGAGGGCAAGAUCGAUCUUUGCCACGAAAUUCUCGCCAUGGCCCGGACGGAUGUGCCUCUGCUUCCUCAGUACCCAGUGGUCCGCUACGGUUGGUCGUCCAUUCUGGACGCCAUGGUUGGUGCCUGCUUGACUGUUGGUGACAGAGCUAUGGCCGAGCAGUUCCACCAGGAGCUCCUCGCCAUGGGUGCUACCCCUUCGGCCAACACCUUUGGUCUCUACAUCACCACCUUGAAGGAGUCCACCAAGACCUUCGACGAGGCCACCGAAGCUGUCCGCGUGUUCCACCGCGCCAAGGCCGAGGGAGUCGAGCCUACUUCAUUCCUGUACAAUGCCUUGAUCGGGAAGCUGGGCAAGGCGCGUCGCAUUGACGACUGUCUCUUUUACUUUGGCGAGAUGCAGACGCUCGGUAUCAAGCCCACAUCUGUCACGUACGGCACCAUUGUCAACGCUCUCUGCCGCGUCAGCGAUGAGAAGUUUGCCGAGCAGCUGUUUGACGAGAUGGAGGCCAUGCCCAACUACAAGGCUCGUCCGGCUCCCUACAACAGCAUGAUGCAAUUCUUCCUCAUGACCAAGAGAGACAAGUCCAAGGUUCUCGAGUACUUUGAGCGCAUGAAGGCCAAGGGCAUCGCCCCUACCGCCCACACGUUCAAGCUCCUCGUUGACACCCACGCCACUUUAGAUCCUGUAGACAUGGAAGCUGCCGAGUCUGUCCUCGAGAUGAUCAAGGCUACUGGUCAGAAGCCCGAAGCCGUCCACUACGCCAGUCUCAUCCACGCCCGCGGCUGUGUCCUUCACGAUCUCGAGGGUGCUCGCCGCGUAUUUGACGCAGUCGUCAAGGAGUCUUCGGUUCCUCUCGUUCCCUGUCUGUUCCAGGCUCUUUUCGAGGCCAUGGUUGCGAACCAUCGGGUUGUCGAGACCGAGCCUGUGCUCGCCAUGAUGCGGUCGAAUCGUGUGGAGAUGACUCCCUAUAUCGCCAACACCCUCAUCCAUGGCUGGGCAGCCGAGAAGAACAUUGCCAAGGCCAAGGAGAUUUACGCCACUGUCAGCGCCACCAAGCGGGAACCUAGCACUUACGAGGCCAUGACUCGCGCGUUCCUUGCCGUUGAGGAGCGCGAGAGCGCCAAGGGGGUGGUUACUGAGAUGCUCGGCCGCGGAUACCCAAGCGCCGUCGUCAACAAGGUUCUGGAACUCCUCGGUGGCGGCGGAAACGCUGCCCCAGUCGAGGCUGCCGCCGCCGCUGCGUAA